AUGGAGAAGCUUGCGUGCUUCCGUCGCCUUCUCGCGGUCUUUUCUGUUUUGCUCCUCGCUGUCACCUCUGCAGCUGCCCCCUUCGCCGGCGUCGCAGCUGAUGUGACCCCCCCUACACGUCCAGAUCUCCCUCGCUCUCUCCUCUCUUCUCCCCCUUCUUCUCUGCCUUCUCUGUCUCCUUCCGACGCCGCCACGUCUUCUUCCAUCCCUGCAUCUCAGCAGCCCUCAGCCGACUGUGCUGUGUGUUUGUUCCCCUUUCCUGCGCGGAGUUCUCGCUCUUUCCCUUUCUUCGCUGACUCCAAUUGGGCGCCGGCUAUGUCGUCACCUUCGCGUGCCUCUUCGGCGCCAGUCCGGGCCUCUCUCGCCUCAUGGGGGGUCUGCUGGCCGUCGCUGUUCUCGCCCUUCUCCUCUCUCUUCCCGUCCCUUCCUUCGCCUUCUUCGCUCCUCUCCGGCCUCCCCGUCCUGCUGCUAGGCAGCGCCGCAUCGCCGCUUGAAAGCCCGCAGAGGAAAAGAAGGAGCCGCAGUGGAGACCGCGGCGACGAGCGAGAAGAAGAGGAAACCAAGAAGAAACGGCGCGGCAAGCCCCGCGAGGAAGCUCCCGAGCACUCCGAAGACGAAGUGCAAACCGCUCUGCCCGCUGGAGCACAGGCCACAAGGACGAGACCCGAAGAGCUUCCGGCUUCGGCGGCACCCACCGUCGGCGCCUCGCCUCCCUCUCACACGUCUGUUCUGUCGUCGCCGUCCUCCGCUUCUGCUUCCUCCUCUUCGGCUUCGACUCCCUCUCCCCUGCCCUCUCCCUCUCCCUCUCCCUCGCCGUCUUCUUUGGCUGCGACUGCGUGUCAUUUUAGUUGUCUGUCUUGCGCGCGUCCAGGCUCGCGCGAGGCCUGCCUGUCGUGCCCUCACCAGGUGUCUUCUCCGUCUGACGCAAUCGCCUUUUUCUCCCCCCCUUCCGCGCCCUGCGCGCCUGCGCCCCUGUCCCCUCCGCUUCUCUCUCCGCCAGCAGAGUCGCCGGUCUCGCCUCUCUCCGAGGCCUUUCUAUCCCGCGUGUCCUCCGCGUCGUCGCGCCCCUCUGCGCUUCUUCUCCGCCGGCUUCCGCACGUGUUGACGCCGAUGUUUCGCGAUGGCAGCGGGCUCUGUGUCCCAGUGGCUGUCGGCGCCUCGGAGCUGGGCGCCGACACACAGAGCCACGAGGGUGACGCUUCCUCGUGUGACCUGUCGUCGCUGUCGCCGUCAACCUCGUCGUCUUCGUGCGCCUUCGCGUCCGCCUCGGCUGGGUCAGCCGCGUCUUCCUCAUUCUCGGGCCUCUCUCCAGCCCCAGAGUCACCUCCGCGGAAGGAGGAAGUCGCAGAGAAGGCGCGGGAGAGAGAGCGCGCGUGGGCGCAGCUGCAAGGGCAUUGCCAUCCCUCGUGCGUGACCUGCAGGGCGGACUGCUGCUUUCAGAAAGCGGAUAACUGCCUCUCCUGCGACGUCGCGUCUUCCUCUCUCCGGCGUCUUUACCCCGACGGUACCGGGCGUUGCCUCCGCAUUCGGCGGCAACGCCGGGACGACGCGGCGAGCCUUCCCCUUGCCAGUUUCCCGCUGGCUGCCGCAGGACGAGGCGCUACGGACGCGGAGCAAGGCGACGCGUGGAGCGCCUCCCAAGACUGGCUGGCCUCUUUAACGGGGCUGCUCGACGUUGAAUCAUCGUGGGAGCUCAUCGCUGACCACCGCUCGCCUCCGCCUUCCUCGCCUGCGUCUCCGUCUCCCUCGUCUGUGUCUCCGCCUUCCUCGCCUGCGUCUCCGUCUCCCUCGCCUGCGUCUCCGCCUUCCUCGCCUGCGUCUCCGUCUCCCUCGCCUGCGUCUCCGUCUCCCUCGCCUGCGUCUCCCUCGUCUGCCUCGUUGCCCGCUUCUUCAUCUUCCGUGCCUACUUCUCCGCCUUCCGCGCCUACCUCGCCAUCUUCCGCCCCUGCGUCUUCGCCGUCUUCUGCUUUUCCUUCUUCCCCCCCCUCUUCUUCUUAUCCUGAACCUUCUUCGUCUACGUCUUCAACUGCACGGCCGCCGCCUGCGUCGACUGCGGGCGCUUUGCCUUCGGCAGCAGCCUCCGCGGCUGUCCCUCCUCUUCUUUCGGCGUUUUCUUCUUCUCCCUUUGCGCUGCCGUCCGCGUCCUCCUCUCUCUGUGGCUCGCUGCCCGCGUCGGCGGCGGCGCUCCCCGCGCUGCAUUUUUUGCAUCUGUUUUUUCUUCACGCGGACAACAACCUGGAGGAGUCCGCGCUGCUGGAUCUCGAGGAGCUUCUGAACCCGUACAUCGGCCGCCGGGCGCUGCACGCGAUUCUUGCCGCGCAUCACUCGGGCGUGUCGGGAAGCGGGUCUCCAGGCGGCGCCGCGAGCGAGGCGCACAGGCAGCUAGCAGCUCACCUCGCGCUGGCGCAGAUAUACGUCGUGGCGCUUCUCGAUCGCCCUAAGGCAGGCAGCCCCAGCAAGGCGAGCGACGCGAGUCUGGGUCGCGUCCACGUCUGCGGCAACCUCAGCUACACGCAGAAGGGACCGAUACGCACCAGGGGCAGCAAGACGUUCUUCGUCGACGAAGCCUGGCAGGGCACCGUCGAACUCAGCUCAGAAAGCGCCUACGAGCUCCUGCGAGUCAAAACGCAAGACGGAAGAUUCGAGUGGAUGCUUCUGAGAGACCACGGCGACGUCGACAUGAAUUCGCCGGCGGUCUUGGCUUCGUUUAUCCAGCGGAACUUGGAUCUCUUUCCGUCGAAGCACGCGGCGCUCACGUUGUGGAACCACGGCAGCGCGUGGGUCGGCUUCGGCGACGACGAGAGCAGCGCAGACCACGCGCCCAUGAGCCUCCAAGACAUCGCCCAAGGCCUCCAAAAAGGACUGCGAGGCAGCGAGCGCGGCAAGAAAGACCUCGCGUUCAAAUUCAGCGUGCUAGGCUUCGACGCAUGCCUCAUGGCGAGCUACGACGUUCUCGAGGCAGUUGCGCCGUUCGCGCACUUUGUCAUUGCCAGCGAAGACAACGAGCCCGGUCACGGAUGGAAUUACCACCUGACGGAUCCGACGACUCUGUUCCUUGACGCCGAGGGGGACUCCACGUCCCGUCCCGCGUCUGCCCCCCCGAGCCCGCGAAGGCCGUUUUUCUCCUCUGCGAGCGCGUCCCGCGGCGAAGCGUCUCUCUCCGCGGUCGCCUUUGCGGCGUCGCCUUUUCGGCUCUCAACCGCCUACGAGUACGCGUCGCGCUUCAUCGCGAGCUACGCGCUGCAUCCCAGAUCUUCGGUGGCGCUCACGCUCUCCCUCAUCGAAGUCAAGGCUUUCCUCGCCUUCAAGCACAAAUUCGAAGAAGUCAUGGACCAUCUGUUUGCCUGCGGCGGCAGCUCGAUCUCCUCUCUGGUUCGCCGCGCCCUCGCGGGCUCCUUCACCGUCCGCGGCUGCGAGAUGGUCAGCCUCUGCUCCUGCUUCGACCUCUUCGACUUCCUCGACAACCUGCUCCGCCUGCUCGCCGCGCAGCACCGCCCGCCGGCCGCGGGCUUCGCAAGCUCCGCCGCGGCGCCCACCGGGGGGCGGAGGCGGACCGGCGCGCCGCUGCUGGCGCUCGCCGAGAAGGUGGCGCGCCUGCGGAGGCUGCUCAAGGCGAUGGUGGUCAUGGAGGUCGGCGGAAGGGAAGAGGGGCGAUACUCUGGCCUCAGCAUGUACUUCCCAGACCCGAACAUGCAGCUCAACUGCAAAAACACGCGGGGCGCCUCGCUGUGGGCAGACCACUACCAGCGGGCCAUCCGCUCGCGCUACGCGUCCUUCGUGAAGUCUGUGCGCGGCAACCGCCUCGGCAGCGUUUGCUACUUCUCCCCGUCGCUCUCCGCCGCCUCGCCUGUCGCUGGUGCUCCCCCGCAGGCCGCCGAGGAGGCGCGCGAAGACGGCGCGGCCGCAGACGCGCUGCGGCAGGGGUACGAAAGUCAGCCUUUCGUCGUGCUCGAGGCACGGCUCCUGCAGGGCCGGAGACAGGCCGGCAGGGACUUGGUUGGCCUUGCCGCCGUCGCUCCCUCGAGCCUCAUCUUCGCGCUGAUGUUCAGAGGCUUCGUGUCUGAACUGCGCGCCUCGACGCCGCAAGAGCGCCUGUCGCCGAACCUUGACGAGAUGCCGGACGUCUACCCAGCGCCCAGGGAUGCACCUUCUUCUAACUCCUCCUCCGUCUCGCCCGCACCCUCGCCCGCGCCGUCGCCCGCCUCCUCCUCGUCUGCGGCUGCUGCGGCCCUCGGGGCGAGCGGCGCGGCGGAGGCCGGUGGCGCGAGAGGAGCGAGAGACCUGCGCGUCGUGGUGAAGGUAUUCAGCACGCUGCAGGCCUCGAUCACCGACCUGAGCGACGUCGACUGGUCGCUGCCGCUGGUGGACGAAGAGGCGGGCGACCGCGAAGAGUCCCUGCCGCCAGAAGAACGCGGGCGAGAGACGAACGCCGUGAGCGCCGCAGCAGCCGGGGGGCGUCCCGCCCGAGGCGACGCGAAGGGGACGUGGGGUUUCGCGUCCCCUGUCGCAGGCAGCGCGGCGAGCGCGCCCUUCCUCGUCCGUCCCUCGGCUGCAGAGGGCGCUGAAGCAGCGGCGCGAGUGGAGGGCAGCGGCGAACGCCGACACGACCGCAGCAGCGACGGCGCCGUGCGUGUGUCGGAAGGGUAUCGUUUCUCAGCCGCAGGUGACGCACGUGUGCCGCAUUUGUCCGCGGAGAAGCGGCGGAAGGGAGGCGAGACAUCGAAAGGAACCGCGGAGAAGGCAAGGGGCGGCAGGGCGAAGCAGCGGCCGGUGUCCAUUUCUGUCGCGGAGAGUUGGUGGGACGAGCGCGUGUGGGUUCUGCGGCAGCGCCAGGGCGUUCUGCCGGCCUUCAAAGAUCCGCGUAGGCGCCUCGCGGCUGAAACAGGGAGGAACGGCCGCGAGGCGGUCCGCGAGAGCGAGACAGGCGAAGAGGGCGAAUCGGGAGCAGACGACCCUGACCGAGAGGAGAGGCGAAAAUACGCAAGACGCGCACCGCCGCCUCCUCCUCCUCCUGUUUCUCCCCUCCUCACAGCGGGUGCGACACCCCAGGAGCGCGGGGGCGAGCGCAGACAGAUUGCGGGGGAGACCGCAGCGCCGAUGCGCGACUCGAGUGCGAAGAAAGAACAAGACACAGCGGCGGCUCGCGAGGCCGGCGGAGAGACUGGAAACGAACUAGCUGACCAGCUGCUGACAAGAGGGCCCUGGAGAUGGACGUGGCAGCCGCGUGACAGCGGCGCGGAGGGACAGGGCGCGGCCCCCGGAAGGCAAGAGGCAGGGAGCCGAGAAGCUGCAGCAGGCGUGGGAGACAACCCAGAGGGCGUCGCCGAAGAGGACUCGGGCGACCUGGCUCUUGGGGAACACCAGCCGGGAGAGGAGGGCGACUUCUUGGAGUCUCUUCUUGUCGCGAUGCAGGACGUCCCUGAGAGCCCGACGCGCCGAACGACGGAAGCGCGGCGUAUCUUCACAUUUCCAUUCAUUUUCUACCAAGACGCGAAGGCGCUGGAGUGUGCGCACCGUCGGACUCAGCUCAGCGCGACUCGAAGGCCAAAGGCGAGGAAUGAGGAGGCUGCCAAAGGCGCUUCAGUGUCCGUUGCGCCCUCUUUAUCUCCUCUGCCUUCGUCUGACCCACUCGUCUCCUCCAGCGAUGCAGUAACCACUCUCUCUGCCUCUUCGUCUUUCUCGUCUUUUUCGUUCUUGUCUUCAUCAUUGAGUGCACAGCGUCCCUCUGUGGCGGCCGCGCGGCGCCUGGACACCCCCGAGCGAGACCGCGCGGAGACCGCGCGAGACGGAGAGACGCCUGCCGCGGCUGUCGGCGAGGCUAGGCAUGCGGAGGAGCAUGCAGAGGAGCGUAUCUCCGUCGGGAGGCAACCUCCUCCUCAUCCGCAUCUUCCCCUUCCUCCCGCCUUCUCUUCAGGGCCGCGGAGCCCGCCCACAGGCAGGACCGCACGCAAGAGGCAGUCCGCUGCGUCCUUCUUUUCGCGCCCUGUCGUCAUCUCCUCGGAGACACUUGUCUCCUUGCCCGAAAGCGGCGCCCUCCGGCAGCUCCAGAGCAGACCUCGGGGCGCGCAGGCCCCUGCGUCGCCAGUCCCGUCGCCUCUCGCGCCCGCCGGCUCGGCCCCGCCGCCAGAAGCCUCGGCCGGCGUCUUCGGAGACGAGGAUGGGAAACCGUGCGGCGAGCGAGCGUACCUUCUGGGUGAAAUCGAAGGCGACAAGGUCUCCAAGAUCGCUCUCUACGUCGUCGCGGGCAACAUGUCCGCAGAGCGCCCGCGAUCCAGCGGCGGCAUCCUGCAGCCCAUUCAAAAGCUCUUCACGUUUGAGCGCCGGCACAGUUCAAGUUCCGGCGCCUCUUCCUCUUCCUCUGCGUCGUCUUCCUCUCCGCGCGGGCGGCGCCUGGGAGCGGAAGCUGGGGCGGAGGAGGUUCAGAGCCGAGAGAGUUGGUUUCAAGCGCACCUGGCCGAGGCGAUCCGCGAAGACCGCGAUGCGCAGAGCUUUCUGUCCCUUCCCCGCGGCGGCGCCCGCGCGAGAGCGGAGGGCGAGGGCCUCACGCUGGGCGCGGCGAACCGAGCGGAGACCUCGAGUGCGGACCGAAGAACUCGAGAGCAGCCCGACGACGGCGGAUCCGGCGAGAGCGAAGGGAGAGAGCGCGACGAGAGAGUCGCGCAGUGGGACGGCAUCACCAUGGAGGAAAUGGCCGUCGAGGCUCUUUUUCUGUGGGGCGAAGCGGAAGACGUGGGCGAACUCGAAGUAGUCUCCAUCUCCCGCAGCAGCUACGCGCGGACGCGCCUCGCGAGAUCCGCGGCGGCGACGCAGAGCGAGAAACCGAGGCGCGCCGGUGCCAGGGACUCGAGCAGCAGCGAGCGCGAGAGAGAAGAGGCAAGCGACGCCCAGCAGAGCGGGCGCACGACAGAGGACGGCGUCCGCGAGGCAUCCGCGGAGACUCGGCACAUAUUGGGCUUCGUCAUGCAGAGCGUCGCAGAGGAGAGGGGCGGCUUCCUGCUCUCUCUGCCUCACGCUGAGGCGCGCGACGAUGAGACUUCGCCGGUUUCUUUCUUCUCGUCGCUUUUCCCGUUUGGCGGCGAGGCGCGAGCGAAGGAGCCGCAGAAAGAGGCGGCCUGCCCGCCAGAGUGGAUUGGCGACAGCAUCUGCGACCCCCCCUGCGAUAAGCCCGAGUUUUUUUCAGACGGGGGCGACUGUCCGCACCGAAGCAGCCUGGGUCGUCUCUGGAUCGACCAGCAGCAAGCGGCUUCUCCGCCCGUGACCUCCACAGUCUGGAUCACCGCGGCAGGCUCCUACCGCUGCAGGUGCCGCACGGGCUACGAGGGCGACGGCCUGAACUGCAGAGACAUCGACGAGUGCGCGGACGAGAAAAAUGCGCCUUGCCAUCCCCUCGCCCUAUGCGUGAACACCAACGGAGGCUUUCGCUGCAUUUGCAAGGCUGAACAUCUCGGGGACGGAAUCACCUUCUGCGUGCCCCAAGCAGAGCUGACGGGGCAAGAAGCUAUAGGCGGGAGCCCAGAAAGUUUCUCCGCGUGCGCCGGCAAAGACGGGAGGUCGCUGUGCCCUGGGACCCUACACUGUCGCCCAGACGGUUCGUGCGGAUGCAAUGAAGGCUACGUUCAGACUGCCGACGACAGCUGCGAAGACAUCGACGAGUGCGACGAGGGGCUCGCUGCCUGCGCGCCUGCCUCGCUCGCGGUCUGCAUCAAUACAGAGGGAGGAUACUUUUGCAGCUGCCGCGAGGGCUACGAGGGCGACGGCCGGCAGUGCGUGAAGGGGCCUUCAGUCCUUCAUGCGCGACUCGUGGUUUCCGUCGAUUUCCGGAGAACGAUGGAGAAGGAGGGGAACGAAGACGGGUUCGCCCUGCUCUUCAGGCGCUCACUCUCGCAGGCCAUUCCCUCCCUCUCGCUCGAUCGUGUCGAGGUCGUGGAAGUUAAAGAAGGCAGCGUUGUCCUCCUGCUGCGCGUGCAUCCUGCCAGUUCGACGAGGCACGCGAGCCCGCGGCGCCCCGCGGCCGAAGUGCGCGCAGCGGGAGCGGCCCAGGCGGAGGGAAGAAAGCGAGGAGAGGCGGAUGCAGUCGAGAGGAAAGACGCCGAAACACCUCAGGAGGAGGGGGGUUCCGCCCGCGACGAGGCGCCUCUGACUGCCGCCGAGGUUCUCCUCGCGCUUCAGAGCCAACUCGAAGAGCCCACGUCACCCCUGCGGACAGGCCCCUUCGCAGAAUACGCCGCCGUCAGCUCGCUAGACGAGUACCGGUUUCUCACCAAGGCGCAGGCGUACGGAGCGGUCGACCUGCUGGACAUCUUGACGAGUUGGUUGCCAGCUUGGAUAACCGAAAAUAUUCCGCGCGCCGUCAUUGUGGCUGUCGAGCUCGGCCUCGCCCUGGUCUUGCUCCUAGUUCUCUUCAACUGCUGCGUGAAGUGCUGCAGACGGCGAACCAAGCAGCAGUCCGGCUCGGCGCGCACAGUGAGCAAGAGAAGGCUUGCGCCGGUGUGCUGCUGCUGCGCGGGCGACCUUUCGACUUCAGAGGACGAGCAAGAGCUCGCGUACCCUCCGCGAAGGCCGUCGCUUGCCCAGCGCCCGCCCUCGCGCUCCCACGAGGCGUCGAUGCACGCUCUGUCGCGCGCGGCUUCAGCGUCGCGAUUCGACGAUCGCGCCGAAGCAGCUUGGAGGCAGUUCGGAGACACUGAGACGGAAAUCGUCCAAGAUCCAGGAGACCUCUACGCCGCCCGAGGCAGGAUUGGCGAGCGCGAAGACAGGAAGAGGCGACAGGGGCGCGGCGGACGCCGAGCGCGGUCCCGAGGCGAGGGCGUGGACGCCCGAAGACCGACAGACGCAGAGACACUCGAAAGAAUACGACAUCUGGAAGCGUACCAUCGCCACGUGAUUGCGGAGGAACAGAGACAAAAACGCCUCGCGCGCUCCACAUACACGUGA